AUGGCAGAUACGGGGCCACCGCGACGGCGCUUCGUCCCCGUCCCGAUCGAGACGACGUUUCAAUCCUACCGCAAGAAUGUCUACGAUUAUACGUCGCACCAGAGGAUAGGGCCCAACCCGGAGCUGACCCCGGAGCCCUCACCUCGAUCUCCCGAGGCGCAAUUCCCGCCGGAGAUGCACGACCGCGAGACGUCGCAAGAGAGGCGACGCUUUGCUCCCCAGCUCAUCGAGACGUCCAGACGAGUUAGGAGAGUCGGCGACCCUGGGCCGGCCACUCGACCCACGGACAAGACAGACAUCACUCCCUACACAAAUCACAUUUACUCGGCGAAGCCAAAGGCGAGCCGUCGGCAGCUGGGCCCGGCCGGCGACGACGAGCCGCAGCGCAAUGUAUCACGCCCAUUCCCGCCCACCCGGCGCGAGACGGAGGAGGAGGGUGUGCAGGAGUACCUCUUGGACCUGGCGGCUAAACAAGUCGCACGGCAGAUUGAAGAGGUUGCCCUCGCCGCGUUCCCCAACAGCCGCCCCCGCGAGGGUGGUGUGGCUCACUUCUACUUCCGCGAGAGCUCGACUGACAGCGGCAGCUCGCCCGAGGCCAGCCCCCGGGACGAAGAGGCCGGCCAGUACCGGUUCCGGCGCAAGUCGUCCAACCUGGGGCUCAACUGGUGGCAUAAGCACAUGCAGGAGCAUGCGGCGCGGCUGGAGCAGGACCGAGGGGACGGCAUGGACGUGGACAACGAGGAGGCAGUGGUGAUGCAGGAUGAUCUUGAUGCUGCUGCUGCCGCCGCCGCCGCUGCCGCUGGCGGUGCUGCCUCUGCCGCCCGUAGCGGCGGAAACGCGAGAAGCCGUGGCGAGCGGCUGCAGCGGGAAAAGGCCCAGGCCGAGCGCGACGAGAAGAUCCUGCAAGAGUUUGGCGAGGACUUCGUCACCCAGGUGUACAACUACCUGUCGCUGGGCUACCCGGCCAUGGCGCGCGGCUUUGACGAGGAGCUGUCGCGCAUCAGCCACAUUGGCAUUGACGAGCUGCGCAGGGACGACGAGAAGCAGAUGGCCAAGGGCCACAUGGUCGAGAUGAAGCUCGACGUGAACGCGCCCGAGGAGGAGAGGUGUCCGCGAUGGGCGGCGCUGCGGGCCUACAUUACCGAGUGGGCGAGGCAGCACCCUGAUUUGGACAAUCUCGAUCCGCUGGCCUGGGGCGUGCGCGAGAGGAGAGGCAGUUGGGCCAUCUAA